AUGGAGAGCCUGCUGGAGAACCCGGUGCGUGCCGUGCUCUACCUCAAGGAGCUCACGGCCAUCGUGCAGAACCAGCAGAGCCUCAUCCACACCCAGCGCCAGCGCAUCGACGAGCUGGAGCGGCGGCUGGACGAGCUAAGCGCCGAGAACCGCAGCCUGUGGGAGCACCAGCAGCUGCUGCAAGCCCAGCCUCCGCCCGGGCUCGUCCCUCCGUCGCCAGCCCCGCUGCCCGUCACCCCGGCCACAGCCGCCGCCGCCGCCGCCGCUGGGGCCCAGGAACCGCUCCAGAACCACGGACAGCUCUCGCCCGCCGCGCCGCAGCCUGCGCCGGAGCAGCCACCGCUUCAGCACCACGGACAGCUCCUGGUGCAGCCCCAGCCGGGCCCCAGCAGCAGGGCUCACGCACCCCAGUCUCCCCACCAGCACCCAGUGGCGCCCGGGGCCGUCGCCGACAAGGAGAAAGAGCGUCCCCCGAGUUGUUGCACUGCCGCUGGAACCCUCCUUCAGCACAAAUCCCCCGCCGCCCUCGGCAAGGGCGUCCUGAGCAGGAGACCCGAGAAUGAGACCGUGCUGCACCAGUUCUGCUGCCCAGCCGCUGACGCCGAGCAGAAGCCUGCCUGCUCCGACUUGGCCUCCCAAAGCGAUGGCUCCUGUGCCCAGGCCGGUGGGGGCAUGGAGGACUCCGUGGUGGCAGCGGCGGCGGUGGCAGCCGGCAGACCCAGUGCCCAUGCCCCGAAGGCUCAAGCCCAGGAGCUGCAGGAGGAGGAGGAGCGGCCGGGGGCGGGGGGUGCCUCCCCGAGGGCUGGCUCCCACCGCGCGGCCUCCCCCGGCCGGCAGCAGCCUGCCUUGGCGACGGCGCUCUGCUCCCACGCCCCUAACGCCUCCGAUUACGAGCUCUCCCUUGACCUAAAGAAUAAACAGAUUGAAAUGCUAGAACACAAGUACGGGGGCCACCUUGUGUCCCGGCGCGCCGCUUGCACCAUCCAAACCGCCUUCCGCCAGUACCAGCUCAGCAAGAACUUUGAGAAGAUCCGCAACUCCCUCCUGGAGAGCCGCCUGCCGCGGCGGAUCUCCCUGCGCAAGGUGCGGGCGCCCACGGCCGAGAGCCUGGCGGCCGAGAAGGCGCUCAUGGAGGGCUACGGCCUCAUGGGGCUGCCGCUGGUGCGCUCGCCCUCCCUGCCGCCCACCUUCGCGGGCACGCUCACCGAGCUGGAGGACUCCUUCACCGAGCAGGUGCAGUCCCUGGCCAAGUCCAUCGACGACGCCCUGAGCACCUGGAGCCUCAAGACCAUGUGCUCCCUGCAAGAGAGCGGCGCUUACCAACUCCACCAGGCCCUGCACGCGGGCGCGGGGCCACCCGGCCUGGAGGCCGAGAUGCGGGAGCUCAACAGCGCCCGCCCGGCGCCCGGGGAAGAGGCCGCCGAGGUCGCCGGCCUGCCCCAGGGCCACAGCAGCACCCUCAUGAUGGCUUUCCGGGACGUCACCGUGCAGAUCGCCAACCAGAACAUCUCUGUCUCCUCUGCCACGGCUCUGUCGGUGGCCAACUGCUUGGGCGCGCAGACCGCCCAGGCCCCGGCAGAGCCCGCGGCUGCGGGCAAAGCGGAGCAGGGCGAAGCCCCGGGGCAGGAGCCCCCCGAGGCACCCACCGCGGGUCAGGGGGGUGCUCCCGCCGAGAACACGGGCGCAGAGGCCGGAGCCAGCGCCGCCUUGGGCGCGCACCCACCUGGGGCUGCCCAGACCGUGGUGGAGGGGGCCGCGGUAGCGGUCUCGGAGGCAGAGGCAGAGGAGGAGGAGGCCGGGGAGGCGGGGAAGGAGACGGAGGCCGAGGCCGGCGACAACUCGGAGCAGCUGAGUAGCAGCAGCACGUCCACCAAGUCGGCCAAGUCGGGAUCGGAAGCAUCGGCCUCAGCCUCCAAGGAGGCCCUGCAGGCCAUGAUCCUGAGCCUGCCGCGCUACCACUGCGAGAACCCCGCCAGCUGCAAGUCGCCCACGCUCUCCACAGACACGCUGCGCAAACGGCUCUAUCGCAUCGGCCUCAACCUUUUCAACAUAAACCCGGACAAAGGCAUCCAGUUCCUGAUCUCCCGAGGCUUCAUCCCUGACACCCCCAUUGGAGUGGCCCACUUCCUGCUCCAGCGCAAGGGCCUCAGCCGGCAGAUGAUCGGGGAGUUCCUGGGUAACAGCAAGAAGCAGUUCAACCGCGAUGUGCUGGACUGUGUGGUGGACGAGAUGGACUUCUCCAGCAUGGAGCUGGACGAGGCCCUGCGGAAGUUCCAGGCCCACAUCCGCGUGCAGGGGGAAGCCCAGAAGGUAGAGCGACUCAUAGAGGCCUUCAGCCAGCGCUACUGCAUGUGCAACCCCGAGGUGGUGCAGCAGUUCCACAACCCCGACACCAUCUUCAUCCUCGCCUUUGCCAUCAUCCUCCUCAACACCGACAUGUACAGCCCCAACAUCAAGCCCGACCGGAAGAUGAUGCUAGAGGACUUUAUCCGAAACCUGAGAGGUGUGGAUGACGGUGCCGACAUCCCCAGGGAGCUGGUGGUGGGCAUCUAUGAAAGGAUACAACAGAAGGAGCUCAAGUCCAAUGAGGACCACGUCACGUAUGUCACCAAGGUGGAGAAGUCCAUUGUGGGCAUGAAGACGGUGCUGUCGGUGCCCCACCGCCGCCUGGUCUGCUGCAGCCGGCUCUUUGAGGUGACAGAUGUCAACAAGCUGCAGAAGCAGGCUGCGCAUCAGAGGGAGGUGUUCCUCUUCAAUGACCUGCUGGUGAUUCUCAAACUUUGCCCGAAGAAGAAGAGCUCCUCCACAUACACGUUCUGCAAGUCAGUGGGCCUGCUGGGCAUGGGGUUCCACCUCUUUGAGAAUGAAUAUUACUCUCAUGGCAUCACCCUGGUGACCCCGCUUUCGGGCUCUGAGAAGAAGCAGGUGCUGCAUUUCUGUGCCCUGGGCUCGGACGAGAUGCAGAAGUUUGUGGAGGACCUGAAGGAAUCCAUCGCUGAGGUGACAGAGCUGGAGCAGAUCCGGAUAGAGUGGGAGCUGGAGAAGCAGCAGGGAGCAAAGACGCUGUCCUUCAAGUCCAGCGGGGCACAGGUGGACCCACAGUCCAAGCACGGAUCGCCUACAGCCAAAAGGGAAGCUGCCCUGGGGGAGAAGCCGGUGGAGAGCACGGUGGAGGUGUCAAUUCACAACAGGCUUCAAACGUCUCAGCACAACCCCGGGCUGGGGGCCGAGAGGGGAGCGCCGGUGCCACUGCCAGACCCGCAGCCUAGCCCCUUGAGGGAGCAGCCCCCGCCGCUGCCGCCGCUGCCACCCACACCCCCCGGGACCCUGGUGCAAUGCCAGCAAAUUGUCAAGGUCAUUGUCCUGGACAAGCCCUGCUUGGCCCGCAUGGAGCCCCUGCUGAGCCAGGCUCUCUCCUGCUACACCUCGUCCUCCUCUGACUCCUGUGGCUCCACACCCCUGGGUGGUCCAGGCUCCCCGGUCAAGGUCAUCCACCAGCCUCCGCUGCCCCCGCCCCCACCCCCCUACAACCACCCCCACCAGUACUGCCCGCCCGGCUCUCUGCUGCACCGGCGCCGCUACUCCAGCGGCUCCAGGAGCCUGGUGUAG